GAGAGCCGGCUUCGUUCUGCUCCGCUGCUCCGCCACCAUGUCCCUCUGCCGGGCCGCCUCGCAGGCGCUGGCCGCCCGCCUGAGCAGGGCUCCUGCCGCCGCCAGCCGCCUCAAGCAGCGUGCGCCUCUUCGCCAGAUGUCAUCUGGGAGUGUUCCAGGCUCUUCUAGAGACAGCAUGAUGAUCUAUCUUCUUGCUGGUGUUGCUGCUUUUGGUGGUUUAUUUUAUGCCUACAGAGUAGUCAGUUCACCUCGCAGCAAGUUUGUUGAAAAUACAAAUAUUCUUCGUGAGAGAGCCGAGGAUCAGGAAAGCAAUCCUUGGUCAAGAAAGGAAGGUGAUGGAGAAGAGGUGGAUGAAGUCACUGGAGCAGAGAAGGCCACGGAAGAAGCUGAUGCAGCAGCUGCUGUGGAACCUGCAGCACAGGAUGAGAGGGCUGGACCCACAGCACAGGAUGAGACUUCUGAGGUAUCCCCAGCAGCUGGAGGGGAGAAUGACUUACUGGCUCCAGAGGAAUCCCAUGCUGUGGAGGAAGCACAGCAGGAAGCUGCUGCAAACUCAGAAGCUGCUGCUAAUUUGGAACUUGCUGCUAAUUCAGAAGCUGCUGCAGUUCAAGUUUCUGAGGAGGAGAAGACAACUGAAGAAGUUGCUAAAGAGCCCUAAAGUUAACAGUGUGGACGCCUUUGGAAAGUUUAAUGCAAAUAUUUGUGGCAAUCAACCAGCUGAUUCCUGUGUGAAACCUCAUACUCUUCCUUGAAGACAUAAAAAAACCUGUGCAGUUUGUCCUACCACACAUUGGUCAUUAUGGCCAGUACUCAGUGCUGCAAGAGAUGAAUUGCAUUGCCUAGUGAAACGCUUCUGUGACUAACAGCUCAGCUGUAGAAAGUAGCAUCCAGUCAAGCCACUCAGCAUGUCCUGAAUACAUGUGCUAAGAGAAGCAGUAUGAUGCCAGAUGAACUCUUUCUAUGUCCUUGUUGUCCUGAUAUGUACAUUGAUUUCUUACUUUUGGUCCAAACUGCUGUGCAUAGUUAUACAUUUGUAACAUUCCGUGCUAAAAUGUAAGCAAAAGGUUUUAAAAUCAAGACAAAAUAUUAUAAAAGUAAUUGUUAGCAUUUUUAAAUUGGAUCACAGGGAAAAUAACAAUGUGUUUGCUCCUGAGUUUGGAUUUGUGAUUGUAAGCCUAGGACACCUGGCUGCAUGUGACCUAAUUUCACCCCUGAAAAAUAAACAUUUCAGAUGCUACCAAUCCUUGCACAUUAACAUCCAGGAGUAAACAUUUUAAGGCUCCUGCUUUGGGAAAAAAACCCUGUUUGCUAUAAAGUGUAGGUACUUUAUAGCCUGACAAUCAAAAUAGCACUGGUUGGUGUUAUCAUGUAUCGAAGUGGUGGCUGGCUCCUGCCUUGGGUGUGCUGGGCUCUGCUCCUCCCAAAUCUAAUUCAGCUUGCUGUGCUCUUUCUGUGUUGCUCUGUCUUGGCAGUGGCAUGUAGUGGUAGUGUAACAACACAAAAGUUUGGUAUAAACUUUCAGGCUGGUACAAAUCACAAGCCCUUUAGGCCAUGGCAAAGCCUGGCUCUAAGCACUUGCACACAGAGAGCAAAAUCCCUGUGGAGGGCCAUGCAACAGGUGUUCAAAUGGACAGGCAUUCUUAGGGACUAAGAAAGACCCAAAUAGCUAAACAAGCUUUUUUUCUCAGUAUUAGCUUCAUAAAAAAUAGAUUUAUUAUGAAUAACAGGUUUGGAUGCCACUGCGCUCCCAACCCUCCAUUGUGCUACGUGCUCGAGCAUGCGUCUAAGACUGAGACCCCACUGCAGCCAUCACAGAGUGGCAAUGGUUCUGAACCAGAGCCAAAUAAGGUAUAUUAUGUACUAUUUAUAUAGAAAGUGUGUUUCAUAAAGUGUGUCUGACUCCUUUCUCUUCCAGCAGAAGUUUGGAAAAUGUUCAAAGAGAAACAACAGCAUUGUGACAUUCCUACCCAUGGCACAAAGCAACACAUGCUCCUUCCCCCAUCAUAAAGCAAAUUAUAGUAGUGUUCCAACAAAGAUAUAGCCUGUUGCUCCUGGACCUACUUAGGAAUAACUGGAAUAAUGCAGAGGCAAAAGCUGGCUCCUGAGCUUCAAGAAGACAAACCACAGCCUUCUGCUUAAAGGAUAAAGCCUCUGUGAUUAAAAGCAAUUUCUGUAGACCAAGCUACUGGAAUAAAAAUCUUAGACUGA